UCGCAUCGACGCUGAACUCUCGGUUCGGAGCUCGCUCUGGAUCAGUUAAUAAACAUCCGGGUUCCGAUGACGGUCAGCUGACUUCAACCAGGAUGUCCGCACAAUUCUAGUUCUCUAGUUUGACAACAUUUAGUCUGAAAAUGGCUUCCAACCCACCCAUAUUAAAAGCUUCGCUCAUCGAUAGAAAACGGUUCCAAAACUUGAAAAAUGCAUUUGCACUAAAGUAUGGAGCACCCCCUCUCUUCUACGCAUGUGCACCAGGAAGAGUCAAUCUCAUUGGGGAGCACAUUGAUUACUGCGGCUACUCCGUUCUUCCGAUGGCCAUUGAACAGAAUAUCCUCGCCGCUGUGUCAUUAAAUAAUUCUGGGACAAUCCAGCUGGCUAACACAGAUACUUUGUACAAGGAUUUCACGGUGUCAUGCUCAGAGGAUAUAAUCAUUGACAGAGAUAACCCAAAGUGGUAUUAUUAUUUCCUCUGUGGAGUGAAAGGCAUUCAGGAGAAGUUUGGAAUCACACACCUACCAGGAAUGUCAUGUUUGGUCGACGGAAACAUCCCACCAAGCUCCGGCCUGUCCAGUUCCAGUGCCCUCGUGUGUUGUGCUGGGCUCCUAACAAUGAAGACAAAUCAGAAGUCCCUCUCUAAAGUGGCUCUUGCAGAACUAUGUGCUAAAAGCGAGCGCUACAUUGGCACCGAGGGAGGAGGCAUGGACCAAUCCAUCUCAUUUCUGGCAGAGAAAGGAACCGCAAAGCUGAUUGAGUUUGAGCCUUUGAGAGCCACUGAUGUCCAACUCCCUAAAGGUGCUGUGUUUGUGAUUUCCAACUGCUGUGUGGGGAUGAACAAAGCAGCAUCUUCUCACUUCAAUAUCCGCGUGGUCGAGUGUCGGAUAGCAACAAAGAUGCUGGCCCACGCCAGAGGACUAAACCUGAGUAGGUUGCUGAAGCUGGCCCAGGUGCAGACGGAGCUAAAAGCGUCUCUGGAGGACAUGCUGUCUCUGGUGGACAAGGUUCUGCAUCCUGAGCCGUAUAGCCGCGAGGAGAUCUGCCAGGUUCUGGGUCUCACCUCCGAGCAGUUCUCCAAAGAGCUGCUAAGUGCAAACACUCAACAUGUGGAAAAUUUCAAGCUGCACCAGAGAGCGAAGCAUGUUUAUGGGGAAGCGGCACGUGUUCUGCGUUUCAAGAGUGUGUGUGAUUCUGGACCUGCUGAGUCCAUCCGGCUCCUGGGAGACCUGAUGAACCAAAGCCAUGCCAGCUGCAGAGACCUGUAUGAGUGCAGCUGUCCUGUACUGGACCACCUGGUGGAUAUUUGUCUGAAGUCCGGAGCUGUGGGCUCUCGGCUGACAGGAGCCGGUUGGGGGGGUUGUGCUGUCUCCAUGGUUCCGAGUGACAAAGUCCAGUCUUUCCAGCAAGCAGUGAGGGAAGCCUACUACCUGCCUGACUCGCAUCGAGCAGCUGUUGAGAAACAAAGUUUGUUUGUAUCAAAGCCUGGUGGAGGCGCUGCCAUUUAUCUUGAGGAAUGAUCUGUAUUGUUACUCAGUUUUACCCCCGUUUUUCUUACUUUUUCAAUGAUUUGUUUUCCAACCAAAAUUUUGCCAAACUGUGUCCGAGUUUUCUCGGUUUGAACGUUGCUUGUAGCAAACUAGUGUCGUUCACACAUUGAUGACUCAGUCUCUGUACUUUUUUUCUGGAGUACAACUGCAAAAAUUACCCACCAAGGGGUCAAAGAAAGUCGCGAGUGCAAGCAAUUUCAGGCGAGAACUACUAUUGAAAUCAAGAAAGAAUUUGUGCGAUUUAAUUUCUGUGUGACAUUUUGUAACAUCUUACUAAAAUGAACAUUUUUAUAUACAAACUUUGAUUUUUUAAAAAAGUGAAACCCUUUUUUUUUAUUGGAUUACAGAUUUUAAAUUAUUACCCGGUAGUUAAAACUUGUAACAUUUCAAAUGAUUUCCCUGGCUUCGAGACUCUCCAGAAGGACAGUGCAGCGAAGACACAACAAACUCCCUUCUUGUCUCAUGGACACACACCUCUUGUUGUUGAUUUUGGACUAACGAAGGCACAAGAUGAAGGCCGCAGAACAGAGACACACCGCAGGCUUACACACAAAC